AUGCCCUUCACUCUUUCCGACAAUUACUGCUACAAAUAUGAGACGCUAAAUAACCUUAGGUCUGAGAUGCUUGCCACAAGACAGAGGCUCAAUAUAAUGAACAAGCAAAUGAAGUCUCUUAUUAUUCAGGAAAAAAAGAAGGGUGUUGAUCAUAAAGAGGAGAAGAUUACCACUGCCAAGGUUAUCAAGCAGCUUAAAGAGCCAUUAGAGAGAGUUUCCGAAAAGUGUAAUGAAUUAGAGGAUGCACUUACGGCGGAGGCUUCUAUGCUGCCGAAUUUGAUCCAUACCUCAGUGGCCUCGAAGCAGAAGCUAGUGAAAUAUCUUAAUCCUACCAAAGAGAUUAUUGACUCAAAACUAGACGAUUUCCCUCUCACCCGAAACACGAAACUCGAUCAUAAGGACAUUAUGGAAAGAUUAGGAUUGGUUGAUUUUAGAGAAGCCACUAGAGUCUCUGGUAGAGGAUGGUAUUAUCUCAAGGGAGACGCUGCCUUAUUAGAACAGGCACUUGUACAGUAUGCCUUGAAAUUGGCCCGCAAUUGCGGUUUUAAAAUGAUUAUUCCUCCUUCCAUGGUCAAAACUGAUAUUACCAAUGCUUGUGGUUUUCGACCAAGGGAUCAAAAUAAUGAAAAGCAAGUGUAUGAGCUCACUGCUGAUGAUACAUCAAGCAAUCGCCUAUGCAUGACCGGUACUGCAGAGAUUGCUUUGGCUGGUCUUUUCUCAAACCAUGAAUUUAAAGAAGUUGAUUUGCCUGUUCAUUAUGUAGGCGUUUCUCGUAGUUAUCGUGCUGAGGCUGGAGCUGCUGGUCGAGAUACUAGAGGUCUCUAUAGAGUGCACGAGUUCACUAAAGUCGAAUUAUUUUCGUGGGUUAAAGGAGAUGAAACUGUUUCCAUGAAAGAAUUUGACCGGUUAGCAAAUUUCCAAAUGAGAUUCAUUGAAAGUCUUGGAUUGACAGCAAGAGUGUUAAUCAUGCCUUUCAACGAUCUUGGUGCACCAGCAUACAAGAAAAUUGAUAUAGAGGCGCUGAUGCCUGGUAGAGGUGCAUGGGGCGAAUUGACCUCUGUUUCUAACUGUUUAGAUUUUCAGGCUAGGCGGUUGACGACGCAAUACAGAGACGCCAAAGAUGGCAAGCUCAGAUACGUUCAUACUUUAAAUGCUACUGCGUGCGCAGUUCCGAGAGUCAUAUUAGCAAUUGUUGAGAAUUUCUAUGACCCUCAAACAGAUACUAUUGUUAUCCCCGAAGUUUUGCGUUCCUACAUGGAUGAUAAGGAGAGGAUCAGUAAGCAGUAA